AUGAGUAGUAAUUCUCGCAACUUCCAUAACACAAACGAGGACAGAAACUUGAAUCGCGAUGACCAAACAAUGCAAGAAGAUGAAGAGAUCAAACGUAUGGUUGAAGGGCUGGGGAAAAGUAGCUAUAGAAAAAGAUACGAACAACAGUACGAGGAUGCUAUCGUUGAAUGCCUAAAAAAGGAGAAUUUGUCGGCUAUAAGUGGCAUAAUAAACCAGAAAUUUGCUACUUUGAAUAACCACUAUUCAUAUAUUAAAGAUUACCUGGAAAGAUUAGUAUAUAUGUAUGCUGAUCUUACAGAUAGAGAGACUGCGAUAAAUUCUUUAAGACGUUUCUAUGAAGGAGAACACAAAGAACCAAAUUUGUGGACGGACUACGUAUUCAUUAUUGUAUUCAUGGGUUUCUUUUUUGGUUGUCAACUUGGGUUUUUAACGCUAUUGAACUCACGAGAAGAAGAAGAAGAAGAAGCUGCAUUGAUCUAUCCUUCAUACUUUUCAUUCAUAUUUGUUAAUAUGAUAAUAUUUCCUGAUUACAAGACAGCCAUCAAAAACCAGGUAAUAUCGGAGAAUAAGUUGCUUUCACUUAUGUCUUGGAUAGUAUGCUCCAUGAAAGUUUUCCUUUCAUUUUUUCUAUUGCCCUUGGUGGAAUAUAUUUUCUACAUUAUCUCACAACAGCGAGAACGAUUAUAUAAUAUUGUUAACAUCCUUCUAACCUUCGUCAUAAACUUAGGUAUCUCUUCAUAUCAAUGUUUCAUGUCUUUCAUCCAAAUCCUCAUUGUAACUGUUAAAGGGUUUCAUUAA